UUUGUUUGUUUCAUUGCAUGAAUUGAAAAAAAAAUUAGCUCGAUUGCAUGUGAAUUAAUCGAAGCACCUAAAAAUAGCUGUGCGCACAACUGUGCGCCACACAGAGUAUACACCGUACAAUUGAUCGCAGUCAGUUGAUCGAAUGGAUUCGGGUAGUGAAUGAUCGAAAGAGCGGGGGAAGUUUUAAAUAGUGAAUUUUCGGUUAAUUUGCAAAUAAACGUCGUUAAGAGAGUGUGAUGUUCAGAAAUAGGUGGUGAGAGAGAAGGAGGUGGGUAAAGAGAGGAGAGUGAUUUAGCAAUUUCUUGGAUAUGUAUCUGGUAGAGAAAAAAAAAACGCAAACAAGCGUGACAACAAACAAGUGUACAGAGACAAAAAAACACUGAACAAACAUUAUCGAUUCGGUCGUUGGGGUCGUUCGGUGUAGUGCAUGCAUUUUCGACUAUUUGUGAGAGACAAACUGACUCGACCACUCACUCUUUGCGGUCAGUUCCAUCGGUGGUAUUAUGAAGUGUAAAUAAAAUAUCAUAUUCUAUGCGUAUUUUAUAUGCCAGAAGCGAUUAGAAAAAAAAUUGUAUUCGCAUCACAAAAAGCUAUCACAUACACAAAAUAACAAGAAAAAUCACGCAUUCGAAAAGAAUUGACAACCGAAUCAGCGACGACGACAAUCGUACAAUUUUGGACGAUCGUAACACAGCAGCCAAAAACGGAAAGCGAUAUCAAAUAUCAACUAGAUAAACGGGUGGAGAAAAGCGAAGAAUACGCUUGAAUCCAGAACAUCAUGAGUAAAACGGGUCACAGUAACAUUGCCUUUGUCAGUGAUGAAGGCAAAGGAAUCGAUACAAAAACACAUUACACCAUCGAGUUGACCGAAAAAAGUCGGCCAGUAUCAAGUGGUGUUGCACAGUCUGAGAAAGAACCAUAUGAUCCGUAUAAAAAUCGUCAAGUUGAACAUCCAACAACAAACAAUGAUACGCUGAUUCAUUUGCUGAAGGGUUCAUUAGGCACUGGCAUUCUGGCCAUGCCAAAUGCCUUCCUCAAUUCCGGCUAUGCCGUUGGUUUUGUUGGCACAAUUAUCAUCGGUAUCAUUUGCACAUACUGCAUUCACAUGCUGCUCCGCUCACACUACGAACUGUGCAAACGGAAAAAGGUCCCAAGUUUAACUUAUCCAGCAAUUGUGGAAGCAGCAUUGCUUGAGGGACCAAGCUGGGGACGUGCCGUUGCCCCAUAUAUUGUUGAUAUCACCAAUGCAUUUUUGCUCAUCUAUCAACUGGGUGCCUGUUGCAUUUAUGUCGUGUUUGUCGCAUCCAAUAUCAAAGACAUUGUCGACUAUUUCUACGAUGACGAAAUCGAUGUACGACUAUUUAUGGUCAUCAUUCUAUUACCUCUCAUUUUAAUUAACUGGGUACGGAAUUUGAAGUAUUUGGCACCAUUCUCAUCCGUUGCCAAUGUCAUCACAAUCAUUUCGUUCGGCAUUAUCUGCUACUAUCUGUUUGAAAAGCCAAUUUCCGUUGAAGGAAAAGAAGCAGUCGGAAGUCUUAGAAAUUUUCCGCUGUUCUUUGGCACCGUUCUCUUUGCACUGGAAGCCAUUGGCGUGAUUAUGCCAUUGGAAAAUGAAAUGAAAACACCAAAAUCUUUCGGCGGUAAUUUCGGCGUUUUGAAUCGUUCAAUGAUCCUAAUCAUUUUCUUAUACGUUGGCAUGGGCUUUUUUGGAUAUCUCAAGUAUGGUGUGGACAUCAAAGGAUCAAUCACACUUAACUUGCCACAAAAUGAACUAUUGGCCCAAUUGGUAAAGGGAAUGUUAGCAAUUGGCAUCUACAUUACCCAUGGAUUGGCCUGCUACGUCGCCAUCGAUAUCACGUGGAAUGAUUAUGUUGUGAAAAAAGUCGGAAACAGUCCACACAAAUUACUUUGGGAGUACGUAGUGCGUACACUGCUCGUUCUAGUCACGUUUCUGUUGGCUGUGGCCAUUCCAAAUCUUGAGCUCUUUAUCUCGUUAUUUGGUGCAUUAUGUUUGUCGGCACUUGGAUUGGCUUACCCAGCGCUCAUUGAAUACUGUACAUUCUACAAAGAAACGACCGGGUUCUCGAAGGCAAUCAUGUUGCUUAAGAAUUUGGUGAUCCUUAUCAUUGGAUUGGCUGGCCUUACCAUCGGCACAUACACAAGCUUAAAGGAGAUCAUUCACACAUUCUUUGUCGAUGGCAACAAUCAUCAUUACUAAUUUGUGUUUUGCCGAUUGUAAUUCAAAGUGCCGGCUACUUUGCCGCUCUUCAUCAUUCGCAUCAAUUCAUAUUUUGUGAAUUUCUGAAUAUAAAUCCAUAGGCAAUACAUGUAUGUGAUAAUAAUUCUAUACAAAAACAUAAUUGUUUCACUUCCUUGCCAAAAUUCGUUUUGAACUAGUUUAUAUGUAUAAAUAUAGAUGUUAAGUAUAAGAUUGUUUGUACGAAAUGUUUCUGUAAGGAAAUAAGAAGCAAAUAUAUGAACCUCAUCAAUCAAACAGGUUUGAUUUGAAUCGAAUUUAGAAUGUUACAUUUAGAAAUUGCGAGUGUAUGCAUCGAUUUUGAGUAAGAAUGAAAAUGAAUUACGAAAAUAUUCGAAAGAAAUCUUGAAUUUCAAACCUAAUGUAUAAAUAAUAUAGUAUAUAAAUUGUAUUACAAAUUAUCGAAGAAAAAAAAAACGAAUUAAAGACAUAUUUUUACAAUUAUCAAUUAUUAUUUAAUUUUAAGCAAGAAUUUAUUGUUACCAAUUUUCAACAUUGCAGCGAUGAAUCAAUAAAAACAAACAAACACUUGUUCAAAAUUA